AUGGAUAAAGAGAAAAAAGUCAGAAAGAAUAAACAAAAAAAGAAAGAUGAAAAGGAUGAAUUUUAUGUUUAUCCAACUGAAUCCGAGAAUGAAAACGAAGAAAUUUUUGAAAAUGAAUCUGAAGAAAAAGAUGAAGACGAUGCUGAAGAACAACCAAUCACCAUACUUAAAGCUGCAACAGACUGGAUUGAUCAAGAGAAUCAAGAGAAUGUUCAAAACAGCCCAAUUAAAUCCAAUGAAACUGAGAAAACACAUACAGAAAGUGGAGGAUCAUGGGGGCAAUUCUUCAUUAAACCAUCAAUAGGAAAUAAAGAUAAAAUGUGGGUAGACAGUCAAAGCCGACUGCGUAAUUUCAUGCCAUCACAAAAUCAAAGUGAAGGUCUUUCUGACAUUCAUUCAACAAAAAGUGGCGAUGAAAAUAUGAAGAACAUUGAAGAUAAAAAAUCACAUGAAGAAUAUCUUGUGACUGCUUUGGAUGAUCAUUUUAAAGGAUUUGAAGAAAUUUUCAAAAACAUCCAAUCACGCAUAGAUGAGAUUAUCGAGGAAUAUCCAAACAAUGAAGCUCUUCAUAACAAAGUAAACGAAUAG